AUCUGCCCCGGGUAGCCGGGCGCCUGCUAUCAAUUUUGCUCUUCGCUGGGCCCCGCAGAGGGAAGCUUUCCUGCAUCCGUCACGUGCAGCGCGCGUCCAGCCAAUGGCGCCGUCAGCGUCGGAGCUGGCCCUGCCAUUCCAUCAUCGGGCUUCGCCGACAGCCAGCUCCUCCAAUGCUUCGAGAGCUCCCAGCGCCAUCACUCUCGACUCCACAGAUCGAAUCGAGAAAAGCAAUAUCGCCGCAUCUCGGCCACCACCGUUCAAUGAUGAUCCGAUAAGGCCCCGCCACGAAAAUAUAUCUAUCAGUCACCGCUGCCCUCACUUAUCAUCCACCAGCACCCGCCUCCAGUCCUCACCCCUCAGCCCUCGUUGACACAGCAGCACUGACCAGCUUCCCACUCUUCCACCACAGCUUCAUUUCUUACAUCUGACACCUUGGUCCUCUUUCAAAAGCUCAAUUCAUCAUGUCUCAGCUCAGCUACGCCCGCUACGGCAAGGACAAUAUCCGCCUGUACAAGGUCGAUAAGAACGACCGGACCGGAGUCCACACCGUCACUGAACAGACCGUCUGCUCUCUGCUCGAGGGAGACAUUGAGACCUCCUACACCAAGGCAGACAACUCCGUCGUCGUUGCGACUGACACCCAGAAGCAAACCACCUACAUCCUUGCCAAGCAGAACCCCAUCAGCACUCCAGAGCACUUCGCCGCCAUCCUCGGCAACCACUACAUCGAGACCUACCCGCACAUCCACGCCGCUCACAUCAAGAUUAUCCAGCACCGAUGGACCCGCAUGAACAUCGACGGCAAGCCGCACCCACACUCCUUCUUCCGCGACGGCGAGGAGAUUCGAGUCGUUGAGGCUGUAGCCAGAGAGGGCGAGGGCAUCACCAUUCGCUCCAAAAUUGAGAAGCUGCUGGUGCUCAAGAGCACUGGAUCUGCCUUCUACGGCUUCCACCGCGACGAGUACACCCAGCUUCCUGAGACCUGGGACCGCAUUCUCAGUACUGAAGUUGAAGCCGGCUGGAAGUGGAAGCUCUUCAAGAACGUUGCGGAAGUUAAGGCCGUUGACUUUGACGCCGCCUGGCAGAAGGCACGCGACAUCACUCUCAAGACCUUCGCCACGGACGACAGCGCCAGCGUGCAGGCGACCAUGUACAAGAUGUGUGACCAGAUCCUCGCGGCUGUUCCGCUAGUCGAGGUUGUCGACUAUGCUCUCCCCAACAAGCACUACUUCGAAAUCGAUCUCAGCUGGCACAAGGGGCUCAAGAACACUGGCAAGGAUGCGACUGUGUUCGCUCCCCAGUCCAACCCUAACGGUCUCAUCCAGUGCACCGUCACCCGCAAGCCCAAGUCAAAGUUGUAAAAUAUUCACUUCAUCAAUCACGACUAAUGACUUGUACGAUAUGGCUGGCCAUGUAGCGAUCGUUUCUGAGAUCUUUUGUACAUAGCAUCUGUCAUUUAAUCUGGGGG